GUGGGGGUGGAGGGGUCAUCCCUAUUCACAGGGGCACUUCCUGUUUAUGUUUUAUGACGGGUCAUAAACAUAGUUUAAAAAGGGGGCGACGGCUGCUGUAGGGUCCCCGCAUUCAUCAAGUUGUCUGCAGUGUUCUUUUCAUUCAACAUGGACUGCUCAUCAGAAGAAACCCACAGAUCAGAUAGUGCUAUUUGGUUGUAUAGGGACCCUCGUACCCCGUCACCACUGUCUUCUCCAGCCAUGGACGACUCUGCGUCGAGCAAUGAGGACAUUGAAAACCAGAUGCCUGAUGGUAUGUCCGACUUUAGUACGCCUGUGUCUAACUAUGUCAAUAGUUGUGGAGAUGCGGUACUGCUUAAUGCUCCACUCAAAAGAGCGAGGCCUGUUUUAGGCUUGAGAGACCGGAGUGCCGGGGAUUCAUUCACCCACGUUGGCGAAUACGGCUUGGAGUAUGUAAUAUCAUGGAUCGAUGGCUGUGUUAUUUUGAAUGUUAAAGAUUGUGCUACAGAGUGGCGGUUGAACGUUCACGAGUGGAAUUUUUUCUUGGAGAAUUUAUGCCCCAUGCUAGAUGGUGUCCGGGGUACAUGGCAUGCGGGAACCCAUGCAUUCCAAUGGACCUUUCAGUAUGAAUCGAGGAUUCAUCGCAUGGAUGCAAACUAUCAUACGAAGAGACCACAGGAGUUCAUUUUUUUCAGACGCUGUGUUGAUACAGACGAGCUACCACAGUGCUAUGAUAUGCAUUGCAUCGGUAGCUCUCCUCUACGCACCAGUGUUUUAGAAGCUGCUGAUUAUUUUGAUAAUGUCUUUUUCAUGCAGUGGGCUGAUUUGUCUGCACUACGUGGAAUUUUUGCAGAGAUUGAUUCUAUGGCUAAGACGAAUGAAGAACCAUGGAGCACAACUGAUGAUGAAUACCGAAUGUGUCUGUUUGAGUCGUCUGGGUUUGAUGAGGGGGUACAUGCACAGGUCAAUGAUGAACAUGUGCAAAGUGGGGGUGUGGCUAUGGAGACUGGUGAUUUAAAGGCUGUACAACCCGGACCCCACUGGCUUCAAGAGUAUGCCAUCUAUCUGACCGGAUUGAAUCUGACCUUCCUACACAUCGGAGAGGACAGUGAGCUGGAGGUGGACACAAUAAUUGUCAUUGAGAACCCGAGCCUCGGUUGGCUCCGGAACAUCAAAGUCCAUUACCACUGGAGUGUGGCGCAGAUGUUUGACAUUCCUGAUGACCUUUGA